AUGGGGGCAGUUACUGCCGGGGAGGUCGCCGCCUCACCGGUAGAAUCCGGCGGUGCAUCGCCUUCGCAGCAGCCGGAAGCGAGUGGAUGUGUCGAAGGUGCCACUGAGGAGCAUGGGGCGCCACGGGGUUGUUUUGGAGGGGCCGGGACGGCAGAGGAUCGGGUGAAGGGGCCGUGGUCGCCGGAGGAGGAUGCAAUACUUAGCCGACUGGUGAACAAGUUCGGGGCGAGGAACUGGAGCCUCAUCGCGAGGGGGAUUCCCGGGCGCUCCGGUAAAUCGUGCCGACUUCGGUGGUGCAACCAGCUCGAUCCAAGCGUGAAACGCAGGCCCUUCACUGGUAUCACUUUUAGACAAUAUAGCCCCUCUGACUCUUUAAUGCAGCCUGAAUACGAACGUCUUCUCGUUUUCUUGGAGGCGUUUUCCGUGACUUCGGCGGUGCUUCCCACGGUUUGGGGUUUUCUGAAAUGAAGCAUAUUUGCGGAAGAUGAGCGGCACGGUCUGGGGACUGUGGUUUCGGGUCUAUUUUCUUCAUGAAACGGGGAUACGUUGAUUCUGUGCUUCUUCUGAUGCAUCUUGAUUUAUUUAGAGCAUGGUACUAGUGAGAACACUGUGGCUCUGAUUAGGGUUUAAUCGACGUUGUUUGACGACAAAGUAAGUUCUUUUGGUGAACGUGGUAUUUUUCACAGAGGAGAGUGUUUGAUGUUCACGCAGAAUACUUGAUUCAGUUUGAGGAAAAACUAUUGUAAGCCUAAAUCUAGCUGUUCACCUCUUCAUCCAGAGUCAUUUGAGACAAAAUCGUCUGUGUAAGAUCUGGUGAGGAAUGGAAUUCACCGUAGACAUUGAACGUUUCAUUUAAAUCCAAUGCAUGGCGCAAUUUGAAGUAACACUGAGGGAAACAUGAAAUUGGACAAGAAAACUGCACAUUUGGAAAUAACAAAAAGAUCCAGGCACAAAAUGGAGACUAGAGAUUCUCAGAUGAAGUGCAGUUCUUCCUUGUCAUAAGAAAGCAAAAAAAUGAUUGAAAUGCUCAGUUUAAAUUUCUUCACUUUAUCUCUGCCUUUGAUAGAUCUACAUACCUAAUUUCCUGUCAGGUUUUUGGUUUUUUUCAUUUAUAAUCUCGUAUAUUAUGAGGUUAGUUCUGGAGGACACUUUGCUCAUACUGCUUUCUUUUUUAGUGCUGCUUUUUUAAUUCUGGGUUUUCUUCCUCUUGCAAGUGGUGAUAAAAUACUUUUCCUUCCACCUUUAUCAAUUCAUUAUCCCGUAUUUUACAUUUAUGAUGUUUGUUGAAGUGUAAUCUACUGAGUCGGUGUUCCUUUUUCCAUUAACCAGUUAGUAGGGUCUUUUACAAUGUUGUCGUCCGAUCUUGGCUGCUUAUGUUUUGGCUUAAGUUAUGGUGUCCAUUUGUUGGAAUUCCACGUUCUUUCCUUGUUUGAUGUAUAUUUCAGUGGAGAUCCUACUGGAAAAAUCGACAAGGGCAAGCUAAUAAUGUAUCUACGCGUUGCACGUCUCUUUUAUAUGUCUUCUACUAAGGCUGUGGUUAUGAAGUUGGUAUUUUCAUCAGAAUCUGAUCUUGAUCUCUUCCGUUAUCUCCUAAAGGCAAACAAAGAUACAAAAUCAUCAUACAAAGCAAUAAUCCUAAAAAAAUAGAAUUUAGCAAGUUCUGGUUUCCAUCUGUGUAGUCAUGAAAAUCAUGGACCACUGGUUUUCCUAUGGUCAUAUAAGCGUGUGUGAAAGUUGUAAGUUAUUUCUACUUUUUUUUGUUGAAUUAAAAAUAUUAUUAACUUAAUAGAAAUGGUUGUCAUUGACUUCAUGUAUUUGAUGUAAAUUCGAAGGUGAAUGACAAGAACAUACUGAAACAUAUGGAGAAGAUGAAUGGAGGCUUUUAAAGUUCCAUCUAAAUUUGAAGUGUCAUGGUUGUUUAAAAGGUUCGAUCUGAAAUAGUCAAAGACUAAUGUGAACAAACAGUUGUCUGUCAGUUUCAAAAUUGUAUCUGUUCAGUUAAAGCCUUGUUUAUCAAACAGUUGUUUUGAAGCCCUCCGACAAAAUGAUGGUCUAACAUUGCCAUCUGAAGCUUGCAUGUGUCGUCAGUUUGACAAUGAAGCACCAUGGACAAGUAAUUUUUGUAGUGAUAUAUCCCUUCCAGCUGUGCGUCUAGACGUUACUAAUUGUCUCCUGUAGUAAUAUAUCUUGACAUGCCAUGUGGUGGUUCUUCUUCGUGUAAUUCCGUAUUUAUUUUAAACUUUCAGGAGAGUGAUGAAUAAAAUGCAGGAAAAGGUAAUAUUAAUAACGAGAGAGUGAAUGGAGCAAUUAGGCUUCGUGAACCUAUGAUGCUUGUAACCAGGGAUUUAUUUGGACAGCAGAUUUAAGGUUUAUUCGUUUAUAGGAAAAAAGUAGCAUUUGUGACUAAUCCUUGAUAGUUAAUGAAAUGUGUUGGCAAAGUUUGUCUCUAUUAUUACUACAGUAAUGCACUUGGCAUGGUUUUUGGUUGACUAUGAUAUGAUUGUAUUUUUUAGCCUGUAUUAUGUAUGUCUUGUGUUUUUAUGUCAUCCAGAAUAUUCUUUUAAGCUUUAUUUUCUAAUAAUUGAAUUCUAUAUUGUACGAAGAUUAUAAGUUUUCAUGCAAACGAUUCCUCAUCAUCUAAAGAUAAAAUAUGUCUAAAUAAGUUGUAGUUUUGAAGCACAAUUCGUGUAUAACACAAGAUUUUGCACAAAGCUUGAGAACAGGUAAGAUUUUUUUUUCCUAUUUCCUUUCAUCGACGAAAAAACUACUGAAUCCAAAGAUAUAGAUCUAAACUUUGUCUGAAUCGGUUUUCGGGAAGACUAGUUGAAGCAUGUGUCUUAUGACAGUCCCAUGUUGUCGAGGAAAAAAGAUUUCUUAUGGUUUUGGAAGAAGAAAAUUCUUCCAGCAUAGCAUUGGAGUAUUCGCCACCUGCAGAUAUUCUAGCAAAACGUUUUUUGAUGAGAUGGGUAAAAUCUUCUGUGCUAGUGGAUUCUCAAGAAUCUUGUGGAGAGAAUCUUCUCAGACAUCAUGCUGGAGACUUUUAUAACCUAUUGCCGCAGCAUUUAUUUCUGUUUUCUUGUCAAAGUUCGUAGAACUUGACGAUGAAAUGAAUUUUCCUUAGUUACCCACUGGGGAUCCUGAAUUAGAUUCCCUUGAGCUGUACCUUGUUAAAUGUUUGUGUGCCUGUUGACAUGUCAGGAUUGAAAUGUUUGUGUCGAUUCAUUAUUUUGGUUUUCCUGGAAAUUUCUUGUGGCAGUUUUUUUCAUCAGUCUAGUAGCAUGGAGAACGUUCAUCAUGCUAAGGCUACCUGGCUAAACGAUUGUUCAUCAUCAUAGCACUUUUUUCAGUUUCUGUGGUAAAAUAAAUAUACGUAGUGAUAGGUUAAAAAAAAGAGUGAUUACAAGACACUAGUAUCAGGGUUUAAGUAUGAAUGAAGAAAUUGAAACAUUUGUGAUAUACAUUUGAAAAUUAGCCAUUUUGUUCUAAAAAAGUUUUAUAUGCUCAUUACUUGAUGGUAUCAAGGAGGAUCCCCUCCCUAUAUAGUUUGGAACGGAAAACUAAAUUGGGUCUCAAUCGACGUACCUUGAUCUUAUGCUGAAUUUGGCUGGUUUGCUGCCAGACUUGCAACCAUCUGUUAGGGCUAAGGGCCCGUGAAACUUAUGUUAUUAUUCCAAUAUAAUCGAGACUUUCAUGUGAUCAAGUCUGUAAUUUUGUUCGCCAAAGAUCAUGCAAGUUCCUCCUCAUUAUGUGAAUUGCAUAUAGGUCGAGCUACGGAGACCAAUACCAUUUUGUGUACAGCUUCUUCACACUUGAGUUCCUUCAUUGAAGAUUGGAUAAAGGAAAAUAAAACCCUAGUCUCUGUAGGUUGGAAGACUAUGUAUGACUUUUCUAGGACAUACCAUGCAAAAUUAUGAAGAGAGUGAACGAGGACAGUACCAUCCAGGGCUACAUGCAGAAAUCCGUACCAUGCAAAGUCCCGCGUACUUGACGGAAUCCGACCAGAAUAUCCUUCCUUCCGCAUGUUUUUCACUUUUCUGGUAUGGUUAAACAAAGGAAAGGAGCAGUGAAGCUGCUUAUUUCGGCCCUGCUCGUCGUAUUCUUAUUUCGCCCAUGAUAGGAAAAUCAAUAUAUUUUAAUUGGGUUUUUCCUUUCGCAUGUUUUGCUUGAUUUAUACCCCUAAUUUUGAUAGCAUUUUCAAUAAUCGGAUUCCAAGCCCAGAUCAAUUUUUUUUUUUUUUUUUUUAAUGCCGAGCCAUCCCUCCCUUUCCUAGGGUGGAUGUUCAUUUGCUUCCUGCCUCUUUUAUUUUCCUCCUUGUUCAAUUUCUUUUAUUUUCUGGCAGUCCAUUUUUCUUCUUUGUGAAAUGGACUGAUGAUCGGCGAUUGGCGAGCUCCUUCGGGCUGAUGACGCUGAGAAUUCGGUUUAUUUGUUGCAGAGGCGGAAGACCGGAUUAUACUGGCUGCCCACGCGGUCCACGGCAACAAAUGGGCGGCGAUAGCGAGGCUCCUGGAAGGGAGAACCGACAACGCAAUAAAGAACCACUGGAAUUCCACUCUGAAGCGCCGGUGCCUGGAGGUUGGUGAGUCCAAGCCGUUAAACUCCGCGGCUGUCGACGACGUCAGCGCCGAGAAGAGCAAGGGGUCUUCGGAGGAUAACUUCUCCGGCGGCGGCGCCGGCGCCGGCGGCAGUGGCAGUGGCAGUGGCAGUGGUGCUAACAGGUCUCCUUCGGAAGGUAGAUGCGCUGGUUCACAGGAAAACCUCUCUGGGUCUGGGCAAUCCGACGACAAGGGCAAAGUCAUAGACGAUCAAUAUGCGGGCGAAGAAGCAAGGGAGCCACCAAAUAUAUUCCGGCCCAUUGCAAGAGUCAGCGCCUUCGGCCUCUACAAGCCUCUCGCCGACGGCCCGAGCGGCUCGCAACUGCAGAGACCGCAUGCGCCAUGCAGCAGCAGCAGCCCCGCGCCUCCGACCCAACCAUCGUCCAGACGCCGCCAUGGAGCCAGCGGCGAGCACCGGGUUUCGUCUCAGUGUGGGCACGGCUGCUGCGGAGCUCUGAAUGGGCACGGUUCUGGGAGUUCCUCCUCCCUGUUGGGCCCCGAGUUCGUAGAAUUCCUCGAGCAUCCGCCCGUCUCCGGCCGCCAGCUGGUCUCCAUCGCCACAGACUUGAGCUACGUUGCCUGGCUGAAGAGCGGCCUGGAGGGGGACAAUGCCAAAGUCCUCGAAUCCUCACUUCAGUGGACCAUGUCGAGGUGA